AUGCAGUCGACUUCACUUCGGUUGAGCAAAAAGACCCUUAAUCAAGCCAGGGACCGCUUACUUGCAUUCCAAGAGGAAAAAAUGGAAGCGAACGAGGAUAUGAAGCCAAUCAUUAUCAGGGAAAAUGUAUCACUCGAAGCCUACACCAAAUAUCGUGAAAUUGAGCGAAAGCUCCCUGUUAGCAUUCGUUCAGUUGAAGGAAAAAUUAUAGCUCACGAAGUACCUCUCACGUCCCAUGGAUUGGUAGUGAACAGAAUUGGAUUCUUGAUAUAUGCCUGGAAUAUUCAAUUACGUGGCGCAAAUAAAGAGGAUAUUAUUGUGGGACCGAAUAGUUACUAUACUACUGAUCUUACCAUCCGACCACGAGGACUUCCUAGACCUUCACCUGGCCAGGGAUCUAACUCAGAAGGGAGACCAUAUCCAACACUGGUUGUUGAAGUUGGCGACUGCGAGUCUGUUCCUAGCUUACAUGAUCUCUCGACAGAUAGUACAAGGGCGAUGCUUGCACUGCGCUACCUACGUACAAAUCAAAUUAAUACGGUGCCGGACAUCAUCAUAUCUUUUGGUAUAGCGCCUCUCCAUCAUAAUACAAUAGAGUUUCUUACAAAUAUUGAUGCUCCACUUGCUAACAUCGUUGGAGUCGGGGUUUCAACAACUGCAUGCAAUUCCUCUGUUACCUGUGAUCAUGUACCUAGUGAUAAUACCAACAAUUUGUCAUCCGAAGAUAAGAAAAUGAAUGCUUUCUUGAAUGAGUUGCAUAAGAAAAAGGAACUUCAAGCUCAAGCAACAUCCAAAGUUUCGGCUACAAAUAUUUCAGAAUCCUCUCAUUCAGAUAAUAAUAAAAUUAUUUUCCAAGAUGAAACUG